GAAUUUCCGAAGGAAGAAGAAGAAGAAGAGAGGAGCGGGUGGGUCCACGUGGCGCGAUUCUCCUCGGUUUUCCAGCCAAACUCUCCAUAUUCUGUGGCCUUCGCGCACUCAGAUUCACAUGUUUCCCGCAGCGUGACACGUCGCCUUCUUCCUCCUCCUUACAUGUCAUCCGCUGUUCGCGCGACGACGGCGACGGCGACGGCGGCGACGACGGCGAUGUCAGGCGCUGGCAGCUUCGUCCGGUUCAAGUCGGAGUUCCUCGGCAUCGCUUCCCUCCCCAAGCCCAGAUCCCGCGGCAAUGCCAGAGCCCGAGUCAAGUUCGUCCCCGCCUCCACCACCAGAGCUUCCGCUUCCACUUCCGGCGGCGGCGGCGGCGGCGGCGGCGGCGGCGAUCGCGGCAGUGACCGGAAGAAGGCCACGAUGAAGAAGACGAAGGUAAGCGAGGCUCCAGCUCAGCAGCCGCAGCCGCAGCCGCAGCCGCAGCAACAGCAGCAGCAGCAGCAGCAGGUGUCGAUAGUGGACCCGGUGGGACUCGGCCGGCGGUCGCGGCAGAUCUUCGACGAGGUCUGGCGCAAGUUCUCCGGCCUCGGGCAGAUCUCCCGCACCUCCCUCGCCGACGGCGACGACGACGCCGCCCUCCUCCUCCGCGAGUUCGCCAUCCCCGCCGCCCAGUCCACCACCGUCCUCGUCGUCGGCGCCACCAGCCGCAUCGGGCGCAUCCUCGUCCGCAAGCUCAUGCUCCGCGGCUACUCUGUCAAGGCCCUCGUCCGCAAGCCCGACCAGCUCCCCCCCGACGCCCUCCCCCGCUCCGUCGAGGUCGUCGCCGGCGACGUCGGCGACCCCUCCUCCCUCAAGGCUGCCGUCCAGGGAUGCCAGAAGAUCAUCUACUGCGCCACCGCCCGCUCCGCCAUCACCGGCGACCUCUUCAGGGUCGACUACCGCGGCGUCUACAACCUCACCAAGGCCCUCCAGGACUACAACAACCGGCUCGCCCAGCUCCGCGCGGGCCGGAGCAGCAAGAGCAAGCUCCUCCUCGCCAAGUUCAAGUCCCCCGAAUCUCUCCAGGGAUGGCAGGUUCGCCGGGGGACCUACUUCCAGGACGUGCUCACCUCAAAGUACGACGCGGGCAUGGAAGCCAAGUUCGAAUUCACCGAGACAGGGCAGGCCGUUUUCUCAGGGUAUGUUUUCACUAGAGGAGGCUAUGUCGAACUGUCGAAAAAGCUCUCGCUUCCUGUGGAUCGCACUCUCGAUGGGUACGAUGGUCUAGUCCUCUCUGUCGGUGGCAAUGGAAGAUCGUACGUGUUAAUUCUUGAAGCAGGUCCUUCAGCCGAUACAACUCAGAGCAAGCUGUACUUUGCGAGAAUCAGCACCAAAAUUGGAUUUUGCAGGGUGAGAGUACCAUUUUCAUCCUUCCGUCCAGUGAAACCGGAUGAUCCUCCAUUGGACCCCUUCCUGGUGCAUACAUUAACAAUUCGAUUUGAGCCCCGAAGACAGAGACCCAUAGAAGGACCUUCAGGUGCUACGCAGGACUUGAGAAGCUUUAAGCUUAUUCUGGAAUAUAUAAAGGCCUUGCCUACUGGGCAAGAAACAGACUUUGUGUUAGUUUCGUGUACAGGACUUGGAGUUGAGCCUUCUAGAAGAGAGCAAGUUCUGAAAGCCAAGAGGGCUGGAGAAGAUUCUUUGAGGAGGUCAGGGCUUGGUUAUACGAUUAUUCGCCCUGGUCCCCUAAUGGAGGAACCCGGUGGUCAGCGUGCUCUCAUAUUUGAUCAAGGAAACCGGAUUUCGCAGGGAAUCAGCUGUGCAGAUGUGGCUGAUAUAUGUGUAAAAGCGUUGCAUGACUCAACAGCAAGAAACAAGAGCUUUGAUGUAUGCCAUGAAUAUGUUGCGGAGCAAGGGAGAGAGCUCUACGAACUGGUGGCACACCUGCCUGACAAAGCAAAUAAUUACUUGACGCCAGCCCUGUCAGUUCUAGAAAAGAAUACCUGAACUAGUUGAAAAAUUUCGUCUCCCUACUGGACAUGUGAAUCUGGGGCAGUGAACUUGAUCUUAACUGUCCUGUGAAUAUAUGCUGUCAUGAUAUCUAAUUGUUCUGCUUGCCCAUUUUUCACAUGCUAGUGUCUUUUGACAAUCCCUAUGUAUAUCGGUGGCCUGUAUGUACUUAAAUUUACAGAGUAAAUUCUGGAAGAGGCCGAAUUGGCCAACUAUAUGAGAUCCUUGUCAGAAAUUACACGUGGAAUUUAAAAGGAAUUGGACUUCUUGCA